GGCUCCGUUGCCAAGGCGACGCGCCGCCGCGCUGCCCUUCCUCCCCUUCCCACCCCUCCGUUCCCUCCCGGGUGACGCUAUGGCGACAUCACAGCGCCGCGGCGUGACGUUAUUGCCGGCCGAGCCCGGCGGGAGGCGGGAAGGAGCGGCGGGGCCGGGCCGGUACAGCCCGGGAACGCGGGAGCUGCUGAGAGCGAUGAUGGAGGAAUCGAAGCUGACGCAUUUCCAGAGGCGAUGCCUGAUGGACUGCGUGAAACGAGGAGAUACCCUACCCCUCCAGUGCCACCCAACAUCCAGCAAAGAGCCAGCGCCUGCUGUCUCCCCACCAGUUCGUCAGCCGAGCAGGCUUUCAAUAAAACCACAUCUCCGACCUGCCAAGGUCUGCCAGGCAGGAGAUGCCUACACCCGAGAGAAAUUCAAGCCACGGGCAAGGCGAGAUUUGGAAAAGGAGAAGCAAAGGCUCCAAAACAUCUUAGCGACAGGGAAGGAUGUGGUGGAGCACAAGGUGAAGCAGAUGCUGGUUCAGACAAAGGAAGAGGAGAUGCCUGAGCCUGACCGGUUUGAAGAAUUGAUGAAUGAAGUUCAGGAGAGGAAGGAGUUUCUGGCAGAGAUGGAAGCCCUAGGACAGGGCAAGAAGUAUCAAAGGAUUGUCCUCACUGAAAUCUCACAGAAAAUGCGUGAGAUGGAGAUCAUUGACAAGAAGAGAAGUGAGGAAAUAAGAGAGAUCAUGACAAAAGACAUCCCUGGUGGGAACAAAUCUGAUCCCCAUGACUAGGACAAGGGGAAAACACAAGCAAGUUUGUUCCCACUUCUUCCCAGACUCUCCACAUCAGAGUCUCAAGGGCUGGUCUAUGGCUGUGCCCAAAGAGGGGGCUGCGCCCCUUGUUGCCUAAAGCCAGAAGGCAGGAGCGAUUUGUGCAUAACUGGUAACAGAAGAAAGCUGUGGUAAAAUACUACCCACGCACCAGAUCCCUUCUUGCUCAAUGAUAUAAGAGGUGAAAACAUGCAGCAGCAGCAGCUACCAAAACAUGACAAAGCAGAGCCGCCUUUUGCCUAUGCAAUGCCUCAGAGUACAGCAAUCCACCGAUAAAAAUAUCACUCCUUUCCAUCCACCCAGAGGUGGAGGUUUCUCACAACAGGACAAUGAUAACAUGCGUGUUGCCACCCACAUCUACGGCCUGCUCCUGUCCUCACAGCUCUGGGAAUGGCUGUGGAGGCAGUUAGCAGGGGGGAAGAUGCAGCCAUGUGGCCUUGCGCAAACAGGAGCCUCUGGCAUUGCUGCAGGUCAGCGUGAUUGUGUGCAUCAGCAAAACUUCUCGGCAGCAGCCGAACUGGGCAGGCGCACAGGAACACAGCUGUGCUGAGGAGGGAAAGGGGAUUUCAGCCCAGUGCACGCUGCUCUUUGCUGCGGGCUUGCUGCGGUUUUUGGUUCCUGAAAGCAUGGUAUGCAGAACAGCCAUUGGCCUCCCACAGAGCCUGGAAAUGGCUUGCUGCUCACCUCAUACAUACCCCCAGCUCUGUCCUCCAGGAGGCUGAAGCAUGAUGCCCUACUAUUCCUGCAUAAAGCCCAGCAUAAAGUCCACCUCCCGGUUUCCUGAAGAUCCCAUCACGUGCUUCUUCGCAAUACUCGGCCACCCCACCAAAGCCAGGCAGCGCGCUCUGUCCCCAGGAAAGCAUGGAUACAGAAAGGAAUCAGAACCUUAAGCUGCUAU